CUGUCAGCUAGAGAAACAACAUCAUCGAGGCCCUGGUUGCUACGGCGACAACAUACCCCUCCUCCUCCUCCUCCUCCUCCUCCUCGAUGCCAGGAAGCUGAUAUGCAGUCGUCAAAGUGCUGAUGUGUCUUCAUGAGACGUAACCGUGAUGGAGUUCGCCUGCAGCCACGUCGUCUGUAACUGGGGGUCAGACGCAGCAGAUAUUUCUAAUAAGCAUGAGUAUGACAACAUAGUGACAGGAGGUCCUCGUCCUCCUCCGGUUCCUCCUCGUCGUCUCAUAAAACCUCGGCCGUCCUCCCUCCCUGUCCCCCCUGUCCCCCCUCUCCCCUCCUCUCGGCCUCCCACUCUCCUCUCUCCCCCCAAGUCAUUGCCUCCGCCCGUCCCGCCCAGAGCUGACAAGAUGGAGGCAGAGAGCAGGUUGAAAGCCAACGUCAACGUCAUGUCCCUCAGUGUCGGGAAGCUGGUCGACAUCGGCAGCCAAGCCUCCGGCCUGGAGACGUCUCAGAGCCCAGUGCUUUGUGGGAAAUGUAGUGCUGCCUUGUCGUGUCUGAGCCCUGUCCGGAGGAAUGUGUGGGCGUGCGGGUUUUGUGGCUGCGAGAACAGAGUUGACGACGGCGUGGGGAGAGUCUCGACAGGUCAGGGCAGCGACGACCUUUACCUGCCGACCCAGAGCGACGACGACUACCAGAACCUGGAGGACGUGCUGGUGGUUUUCUGCGUGGACGUGUCGGGCAGCAUGAGCGUCACCACAGAGGUCACAUCGAGCAGCGGAUCUCUAACGUACGUAUCCAGACUAGAGGGCAUCCAGGACGCCCUGCAGAGGACGCUGUCCUCCAUGCUGCAGCACUCGCCCCGCAGGAGAGUGGCACUGGUGACGUUCAGCGACCAGGUCGUCAUAUACGGUGAUGGUACUUGUCCUCCUCUCACGCUGAGUGAUUGGGCAUUGAUUGACUAUGACCAUAUAUGGGAGCAGGGUGCGGCCUACAGCAUCCCGCACUGCAUCGCUGAGACUUACCACCAACUAGUUCAGAGGGUUAAAGACCUCAGGGAAAACGGGGCCACGUGUCUCGGCCCUGCGGCGCUAGCCUCGGUCGCCAUGGCGUCACGGUACCCCGGGUCAAAGGUGAUUCUGUGCACUGACGGCAGAGCCAACAUCGGACUGGGCCAGAUGGAGCAAACGUCUCUGCCCUCUUCCCCCCUGACGCCAUAUUUCUACAAACAGCUGGCUCAUCAGGCGGUGGAGAGUGGAGUCAUAAUAUCAGUUAUGACCUUUGAAGGGACGGACUGUCGCCUGGCGGACGUCGGGAGACUGGCCGACACGACGGGGGGAAGGGUGAACAUCGUGACCAUCGGCACCAUAGCGACAGAGAUCCAGUCGGCCUCCACGGACAACGUCCUAGCAACAGGAGUCACGGCAACGCUGUUUGCUCGUGACGGAAUGUAUUUUCCCUAUGAGGAUGAAAACAAUCACUGGCUGGUGAGACACAUCGGGAACGUGACCAAGGGGCUGGAGAUCACCUUCCAGUUCGCCGUCAAACAGGAGUUUAUGACGAUUUUCCUCCAGAUGGGCACAGUCCCCUUCCAACUCCAGCUGAGCUUCAAGACCAGAGACCAACAGAGAGUCACUCGCAUCGUCACCGUGCAGAGACCAGUUACCUCCUGCAGCGGGAUGUGGGCCGGUACCUUCAACAUGGCGGUGCUCGGCGUCCACUGCGCGCAGCUGUGUGCCAGUUUGACCAUGGAGGGUCGAGUGCAGGACGCACAGGCGCAACUGAAAGCACAGCAGGGCCUGCUGACACAGAUCAGCGAGCGCAGGCCAACCCAAGAGCAGGAGUGCGUCUACGGCAACUGGAUGGACACCAUGGCAACAAUCUGCGAUGACAUCGCCACGGAGUCCCAGACUCUCUCCGAUGAAGCAGCGGAGGUCGUGUACCAGAUGAAGAGAGCCAGCAGUGUCGGCAACAACGGCGGCAACGCAACUCAGAUGCAGAAGAAGCCUGUGAGGUAGAAAAAUGCCCUCGAGGGAGGAAACGCAAAGAAGCAGAAAUGAACUGAAAGCGGUUUAAUCGGAAACUCUGUAGAGACAAACCGUUAAAUGGGAGAUGAAUACGCUGCAAAGGUGCAUGAGAUCAUUUCUCAUUGAUAACUUUAACUUGUGAUGUGAUUGUAAACCUUGAAGGUCUGACUCACGUUUGCUCAAUACACAGUUGGAAUGUAUUUUUUUUUUCUUCCGGUGAGCGACGAGCGGCCAACGAAUGAAAGCAGCAUGUCUGGAUGUUAUUGGCCGACAGAAUAAAUCAAAUGUUACACCUGCGCUGGAUGUGAAUUAAUAAAAAAAUCCAACUAUGUGUCACCAGCUAAGAAAUGCAGACAAACUAAUCUGUGUUGGAUUUAUUUGGAUUUCUGUUCCAUUUGUGUCAAAUAAAAUAAUGCUGUUAUUAUUGGA